CGCACGCGCACAGCAGGCGUGGCGGGUUGUGAUGCGGUCACAUUUGUAGCGGACGGACGGAGCGAGUCGUCAGGAUUUGCGGCUCGCUUAAAAACCAGUGGUUUGCGCUGGUGGGUUACAGUUUAACUCAUGAGAGACUCUAAGGAAAGUAGUUUGCAGUCGGAGCAGCAGCAAAACCUUUAAGUUGGGAAAUAAAAGAAGGUCUGGAGGGUUUUUUCGCCCCCUUUGACAGCUGCGCCGCUGCACCGACAAACAUCAGUGACCGGGAGGUGAGCUGUCAUCAUCCAUUCAGCUGUCAGAGGACUGACGAUGACUCCAAGGGGGCUUGACUGGUGGAUCCCCUGCUGACAUCUUUGAUCCCCAGAUUUCCGCUCUAAAACACCCCCGUUUCCCGACAGCUUUUGAGCUGUUGUGCACCCUUUUAUUAUAUAUUUUUUGGAGCCCCCCCCUCUGCGGCUGAGCUCUCAACAUGGCUAGCCUGGUGAUCAACGAGACCGGAAUGGUGGACUGUGGGAUUGACGACUCCUUCAAGUACAACUUGUACUCUGCGGUUUACAGCGUGGUCUUUGUGUCGGGCCUGAUAACCAACUGUGCCGCACUCUUUGUGUUCUGUUUCCGGAUGAAGAUGCAGAACGAGACCACGAUGUUUAUGACCAACUUAGCAUUAUCUGAUUUAGUGUUUGUUUUCACGUUGCCGUUCAAGGUCUUCUACAACGUGAACCGCAACUGGCCUUUUGGAGAUGGACUGUGUAAGGUUUCGGGAACAGCCUUCAUCACUAACAUCUAUGGCAGCAUGCUCUUCCUCACCUGCAUCAGCGUGGACCGCUUCCUGGCGAUAGUCUAUCCGUUCCGUUCACGCGGCAUCCGGACGCGGAGGAACGCGGCACUGAUGUGCGCCGCCGUGUGGCUCACCAUCGUGGGAGGAGGCAUUUCGGUGACCUUCUUCUCUACCAUCAACAGCCGACACAAAGCCACCACAUGCUUCGAGGGCUUUUCCAAGAACACCUGGAAGACCUACCUGUCUAAAAUCACCAUUUUUAUCGAGAUUGUUGGUUUCCUCCUCCCGCUCUUGGCCAAUUUAAUAUGCUCCUCGCUGGUUCUGCGGACGCUGCGUCGCCCCGUGACUGCUGGUCACGGCUGUGACAGUAAGAAACGCGUCCUGCGGAUGAUCCUUGUCCAUCUUGGCAUCUUCAUCAUCUGCUUCGUCCCGUACAACUCUAUCCUCUUCCUGUAUGCCCUGGUGCGAACCCAGGCCCUGGCUAACUGCACUGUGGAGCGCUUUGUCCGAACACUUUACCCCAUCACUCUAUGUCUGGCCAGUCUCAACUGCUGCCUGGAUCCUGUGGUGUACUACUUCACCUCGGAGAGCUUCCAGAAGAGCCUGACCAAGGGAGGCAAAGGGUCUGGUUCUCGACCUGAGAGCAUGCCCCGCAGUGACACGGAGACUAAGGACACAGCGACCGCUGUCCCAAGCGACACCCACACUCUGACCAGCAACGGAAAAGAGACAAAGAUCACUGAAAUUCAAUUGUGACUCAAGAAAGAAGGAGAAGAAGGACAGGGUGGAUUUGACUGCAACUCCUGAAUUUAACAAAUAUAACAAUCACUUGUUUGGUCCUGAAAAUGGAAAACACAUAACUCACCAGAUUAGUUAAGUCCUGAGGUAAGUCCUGAGGCAUGGCCUGGGCUUUAUGGAUUAACCCGGCACCAGGGAUCAGAGGAAUGUAUCUGUGGUUUUUAUGAGCGAUCGCUACAGGGACCAGAGAUCCAACUACACUGGGACUAUUGCAAUAAUCCAGAGACUCAAAGUGGGUCUAUAAGAGAUUCUGACAUGUCAUUGAUCAAACAUAAGACAUGCACACUUCCACUGGACUCUGAAGAAGAUGAUGUCCAUCCACAUGCUGUUUAGUACUUGUGUAACACAACAGUUCCUUAAGUAUUAUUGUUAUAAAGCUCAAGCUUUCACAGUGCAUUAUAUCACUGUGGUGUGUUACUAGUAAUGCUACUGUGUAACACAGCAUUGUGUUGACCUGCUGAGUCAAAUGUAUCUCAUCAUGUUGAAGACUGAGGCCAGUAAAUGUCUGUUUUUGAA